AAGGGAGAGGAGGUUUCGCUCCUCGCAACGGCCGGCACAAGUACAACGCAGCACGUACGAUGAGGCGUGAGGUUGUGUUGGUCUUCCUCAGCCUCUCCGCCGGCCUCGUCGCCGGCGACUGGAACCUCCUCAGCUACAUCACCAGCAAGGGAGAAGAGGAGAGCUACAACCACCGCAGCGGCAACAUGGGCUACGGGCUGCGCAACUACUGCGAGGCGUGGCGGAUGAACGUGGAGCUGAACAACAUCCGGGGCUUCGAGGUGGUGCCCGGCGAGUGCACCGGCCACAUCGGAUACUACAUGACGUCGACGCAGUACGAAGUCGAUCUCCACCUGGCCGCCGACAUCGUCUCCCUCUUCCUCGCAGACGACUUCGUGCUGGCCGGCGACGGCAAGGACGCCUGGAUCUUCGACGUCGACGACGUCCUCCUCUCCACCGUCCCCUACUACAAGGCACACCAGUUCGGAGGGACCAAGCUUGAUAAAAAAAGCUUGGAGGCAUGGAUGUCGGAGGCGAGUGCACCGGCAAUCGAGCAAAUGAGGAUGUUGUUCCACAAGAUCAGAAGAAGAGGGCUGAAGGUCUUUAUUUUGUCUUCGAGGGCAGAGCAUCUCAGAGAAGCCACCGUUAACAACCUCAUCUCAGUUGGCUACCAUGGCUGGACAGAUCUCAUAUUGAGGUCGAAGGAGGAGGAGGAAAACAGCAGUGCAGAGGAGUACAAGGCAAAAGAGAGGAGCAAGUUGGCUCACGAAGGGUACCGUUUGUGGGGAAUAGUUGGGAGCCAAUGGAGCAGCCUUGGGGGAUACACAACUGCAAGAAGAAUCUUCAAACUGCCAAAUCCAAUGUAUUAUGAGUACUGAUGAAAGAGAAGAACAACUCAUUGUCUGUCUUCUCUUGUGCUUUGUCAUCUUUUAAUUUUCCCAAUGUAGCUUUCUUUCUGUUGGAUUUUGGGUCUUCCAUUUCAUGAAAACUUUUGUUGGCUGUUGUUUUGGCCUUCUUUUUUUUGAUAUA